AUGUACACAUCGUACACUCACUGGACCGAUUGGUAUGCCGUCAUGGAUUCGCUUUCAAUCAGCGGUAUUGGUCUCCAGACCAUAAUCAAGUUACACGUUGCCCUGGUGAAAACAUCGUACUUUAAAGAAAAAUAUUUUGACCUUAAAGCACUGCAUCAACGAUCUUCGAAAAAUCCGCAAAAUAAUCUAGCGAUGGAGAAGUCUUUGAUCUUUCCCUUGGAAUUACCUUUCGUGGAUACGUUUUCAGAUACUGGAUAUGUUAUAUUGACAGUUUAUCAUGGAGUACUAUUAGUUAUGGGUGUACCAGGAAUACUCGCAGCCGAUAUGACAAUCAUGAUUUACGUACUUCACAUUCUUGGAAUUGUCGAUGUGUUCAUCAAUAACCUAGAUGAACUGGAUGAAAUGCUGGUGCAGGUCGAUACAAGCGAGACAGCGAAGCAGCAAAAAUUUACUGAAAUUUGUGUUAUGCACAGAGAAAUUAUAAGGUAUGAGCAAGAUUUGGAUGAAUGCUAUUUCUUCGUGGUUUUCAUCCAGGUCAUUAGUUCGGUGUCGUGCCUCAGCCUGACGCUUUUUGUGGUCUAUAUGACUAAGCGUUGGGCUAGAGUCCUGUUUAUAUUUGCUACCUUUUUCCAGUUGUUGGAAUUUUGUUUGCUUGGCACAGCUCUCAGAUUGAAGUGGCAUUUAUUGGCGCUAUCUGAUAAACGAAGAUUGAUAGUAAUGUUGCACCGAGCUCAGAACCCCGUAGAGAUGACAAUUGAAGGAUUGUAUAUGCUGAACAUGGAAACAUUUGUCGAGAUAAUGAAAACCAUCUAUUCAUAUUUCACGAUGAUGAUCAGCUUUUUGGAGUAA